AAUGCCAAAAGAAUAUUUACUGGAAUAUCUGGCGAUGAAUAGAAGUAGAACAGGACGAGAGGGCUAAAGAGAAGAACGCUCUCUCGUCUCAAGAAUGUCGAGCCUCGGCGAUCUUCCCAUCGAUUGCAUUGCGGCGAUCAUCGGGCGGACAACGCCGCUGGAUGCGUGCCGCCUCGCGUCGGUGAGCCAGGCCUUCUCGGCGGCGGCGAGCUCCGAGCUCGUGUGGCAGGGGCUGCUCCCAUCGGAUGUGCGCGGCGAGUGCUGCGAUUACAGGGAUGGAUGGAAGAGCUGGAAGGAGCUCCUCCAGGCCCUGGCGGAGGGGAUCUUCGUGAGUGGAGGCCGGCAGAAAUAUUUGCUGCUGCGACGCACCGGCGGGGUGUGUAGGAUCCUGUCCGUGGCCGGGAUGGGCGUGACCUGGGGCCAGGACGCGAGAUUUUGGCGCUGGGAGGACUCGCGGAGUUCUUGCUUUGGCAAGGUAGCGCACUUACUCGCGGUUUGCCGGCUGGAAGUGUUUGGGAAAUGGAAAUGCUCGCUAACUCCGGGGAAGUACUCGGCCACUUGGAGGCUCAAGGUAGCAAACCCGCAAUUCGGACAGAUCCUCUAUCUCGCCUGGAAGAAGCCGCUGCUCUUCCGGCUCAAGAUCACGCACGGCAAAGUCUUGGAGAAGGAGCUGGACCUGAUGAAGCAGGUCCCAGUCACUGGGUUCGAGCAGUGGUUUGAGUUUGAGGUCGGGCAGAUCGUCGUGGAGGGCGAGAGAUUGAUCGCCCAGCCGCUGGAGCUGGAGUUUUGCAUCCGGGAAGUGGAUUGCAGCUACUGGAAGGGUGGGCUGUAUCUAGAUUGCUUGACGCUGAGGCCGACGGAGGAGGAGAAAAACUAGCUCCUCUUUCCCGGCUGGAUAGAGAGCUUGGAUCGAGUGGAUGAUCCAUCGAUCAUUUCAUCAGCGUAAGUUAAGUGUAAGUUAUGUUGGUUAUGCGAGAUAGAAGAAGUGCCUGGAUUUUUCUUUGUAGAUUGCUUGUAGAUACCGUAAACAAAAUGAGAACAGAAAAAGAUCUGGUCUUGUUCUAUGCGGAGAAAAUGCUACGAGAGAUUGAAACUC